AUGUCGGAAAACAAACGGCUGAUGAUGAUUGAAACACAUUUGUCAAAUCAUUUGAAUUUCAAUACCAAAAAUACAUGCCUAGACGAAUACAGAAAAAGAGAAAGACCUUUCAACUCUGAGCAGCUUCGUGAAAUGAUAUUCAAUCCUUUUUACACCGCAUCUAAAAAAAUAUGAAAUGCUAUAAAAGACCGACCAGAUUUAUUUAAUCGUUUGAGGAGUUUGAAACGAGCAGAGAUGCAUUGAGCGAAAGAGCCCACAAGCGAAUGACCUACCUCUGCAAGAAGUCAAAAACUAGUAAAGAACUCAACAGAGCAGACUCAGACUUAA